GAGCUUGUAGCUGGGGCUGGACCGGGACUGGAGGGCGAACGGACGGUUCUUCUGCGGGAAGUAAACGCGCAUCCAGGGUUUUAUUUCCCACCGUCUCCUCCUGUAUCACUCUUUCUCUCGGUUUUCCCCCCUGUGGAGAUGAGGAGAUAAUCGACAGAAAAGCUGCUACGAAGUUCUAAAGUUGUAAAGAGUUCGGGAGAAGAGGAAGAUGCUGGGGUUAGAGGUCAUCGUGCUCGGUCUUCUCUUUGGAGCCCUGACUCACGCCCAGAAAACAGACUGCAGCAAGAAAAUUGAAUGUCCCAUAGACGUGUACUUCACCAUAGACACAUCAGAAACUAUCGCCCUGCAGGAGUCGCCCCCUGGAGCGUUGGUGACGAGUAUUAAGAGAUUCACCGAGGAGUUUGUGCAGCGUUUGGACGAUGAAGAGCUCAGGGGUGUCGUGCAGAUCACCUGGAAAAUCGGUGGACUGCAUUUCUCCCAGACACAAGAAGUUUUCAGUCAGAUUGCACCCAAGGACAAAUUCAUCAGUGAACUGAGAAACAUCGAGUAUCUGGGUAAAGGGACCUACAUCGAUUGCGCCCUCAAAGCCACGGCUAGGGAGAUGCUGAGCUCACGCUUUGACCCUAAGGCACGAUUUGCUGUGGUCAUCACUGAUGGCCACGUGACUGGAAAACCAUGUGGGGAUAUUAAGGAGGCAGCAGAGGAGGUUCGUGAUAAGGGCAUCCAUAUCUUUGCUGUGGCAGCAUCAAAUAACAUCGAAGAAACUGGGCUGAGGGAGAUCGCCAGCUCUCCAGUGUCGCUCUACAGGAACGAAUAUAGAGCUGUGAACUUCAGUCAGGACAAAGUCUUCAUACACACCCCGACUAUUGACCGCAUCAUCAAGACAAUGAAACAUCUGGCGUAUACAGAGUGUUACAAAGUGUCCUGUGUGGAGACUCCUGGGCCUCCUGGUCCAAAGGGCCACAGAGGACAGAAAGGAGCUAAAGGAGACCACGGAGAUCCAGGACAAAAGGGAGAAAGAGGUCGCCCAGGAGAUCCCGGUAUUGAGGGUCCCAUCGGUCAGCCCGGUGUCAAAGGAGAACCAGGUCUAAAAGGCGAGAAGGGAGAGAUUGGAACUCAGGGGAAAAGGGGGGUUGCUGGCAUCCCAGGACGUAACGGGACAGAUGGCCAGAAGGGUAAAAUUGGGAGAAUUGGUGCCCCAGGCUGCAAGGGGGACCCAGGCGACAGGGGUCCCGAUGGUCACCCUGGAGAUGUUGGGGAGCGUGGUCUCCCUGGAUCAGAUGGCGAGAAGGGAGAUCCUGGGCGCCCUGGAAGAUCUGGCCCACCUGGCCCGCCUGGAGAGCGUGGACCAAAGGGAGAGACAGGAAGUCCUGGAUCGCCUGGUGUUCCUGGAGUGAAAGGAAACGCCGGAAGCCCUGGACUUCCAGGACCCAAAGGCGAGCCAGGUAGAAGAGGAGACUAUGGUCAAAAGGGUGCGCCAGGGACUGAUGGCCCUGCGGGAGAGAAGGGUGAAAUGGGGCCAGAGGGCCAGAGAGGACUUCCUGGUGAAAUAGGAAACAAAGGGACAAAGGGUGACAAUGGCUUGCCAGGACCCAGGGGACCACCAGGCCCAGCAGGGGAGCCAGGAAGAAUUGGUACUAGGGGUGACCCUGGUGAUGCUGGACCAAGAGGAGAGCCUGGAGACCCUGGACCAAAAGGAGACCUUGGAAGACCUGGCUUUAGCUAUCCAGGAUCGAGAGGAGAGCCGGGUGAAAGAGGAGACAAGGGUAAACGUGGACCUCGUGGCACCAGAGGAGACUGUGGUCAAAAGGGCGACCCUGGAAACAAAGGAACUCCGGGAGACCCAGGUGAGCCAGGGUCCCAGGGUGAACCUGGACUAAGAGGUCCAAAGGGAGAACCUGGCCGUGAUGGAGAUCCUGGCCCUGAGGGAGAUCCUGGCCUCACUGACUGCGACGUCAUGAACUACAUCAGAGAGACGUGCGGCUGCUGUGACUGCGAGAAACGUUGCGGACCGCUGGACAUCGUGUUCGUUAUCGACAGCUCAGAGUCAGUCGGUCUCACCAACUUCACGCUGGAGAAGAACUUUGUCAUCAACACCAUCAACAGACUGGGAUCAUUUGCCAAAGACCCUCAGUCAGACACAGGCACUAGGGUGGGAGUGGUUCAGUACAGUCACAAUGGAACCUUCCAAGCUAUCCGGCUCAACGACCCCAAGAUUGAUUCACUGCCUGCUUUUAAGGAUGCAGUAAAGCGCUUAGAGUGGAUCGCAGGAGGCACGUUCACUCCAUCUGCUCUGAAGUACGCCUACGACAACCUGAUCAGAGACAGCCGCAGAGCCAAAGCCAACGUCACCGUUGUCGUCAUCACCGACGGACGAUUCGACCCCAGAGAUGACGAGGAUUUGCUCACCUACCUCUGCAGUGAUCCCAGUGUUGAUGUGAGUGCUAUUGGUAUCGGAGACAUGUUUGAGCAGACCGAGGAGAAUGAGAGUCUGAAGAGCAUCGCCUGCCAGAGGGAUGGUAAAGUAAUGGGCAUGAGGCGCUUUGCAGACCUAGUGGCGGAGGAGUUCAUUGACAAGAUUGAGACUGUGCUCUGCCCAGAUCCUUUCAUUGUCUGCCCUGAUCUGCCUUGUAAAUCAGAUCCUGCUGUGGCUGCCUGCGUUCAGCGGCCGGUGGAUGUGGUGUUCCUGUUGGAUGGUUCUGAGAGGAUGGGACUGGAGAACCACCGCAGGGCCAAAGAGUUCAUUGAGAAUGUGGCUCGCCGCCUCAUCCUGGCCAGUGGCGAGAAUGACGAGAAGAAUGCCCGCUUGGCUUUGCUGCAGUACGGCAGCCCUUCGGAGCAGAGAGUGGAGUUCCUACUGACGCAUAACCUCACAGUGAUCUCCGAUUCACUAGCAGGUGUCACCUACAUGGAUUCCUCCUCUGCUCUGGGCAGCGCUAUCAUCUAUGCUGUCAACAAUCUGGUGUUUAAGGGUAACAGCCGCCUGUCACGCCGCAACGCUGAGGUGGCCUUCGUGUUCAUCACUGACGGUGUCACAGCCAGAGAGCAGCUGGAUGAAGGUGUGAGUGCCAUGAAGAGAGCGGAAGGCGUUCCCACGGUGAUCGCCAUGGGGAGCGACACCGAUGAAGAGGUGCUAAAGAAGGUGGCGCUCGGGGACACGUCUGCCAUCUUUCGAGGGAGCGAUUACACCGUGCUGAACAAAGCCGCAUUCUUUGAGCGCUUCAUCCGCUGGAUAUGCUAGUGAGGAACUGUAAAGCUAGAGCAAGAGUUCAUUGGGAGGAAAGAAGGAGCAGCUCCUUCAGCGUACAUGUAAACACACCCUCACAGGCCCCAAUCACACCUCUGUGGUCAUUAUCAUUACUGGAUGUAAGGCACUGAGAGGGUUAAUUAUCCUGUCAUUAUGGGUGAAAAUUCAUUUACAAAAAGCAAAACAGUCUACGCAGGACGAACACACACAUACAAGCGCGCACACACACACACACACAAAGACAUGCAGUAUCAUUUGUAUCGCAGUUCUUUUUAUUUCAGAUCUACAGUCUGCACUUCCAACCAAAGACCCUCCCAGAGGAGACGUAUAUGAUUACUGAAUGUUUACCACUCUAACUUUAGGCUUUAUUUUGCAUUGAUUUUUUUUUUUUUUUAGUUUGCUGAAACAAGUGUUUUUCUCUGUGUCUCGCACACACACACACACACACACACACACACACACACACACACACACACACACACACACACACACAGAAUCCUUUCUCAUCAAGUCAGUUUUCACUUUAAAGGUGCUAAAGUAGGAAAACAAGGACAAAGCCAUCUGUUUGGUUCUGAAAAUGUUUUUUACUUCAUGUUAUGCUGUAAUUGUAGUUAGAUCAGGGCAUAAAAAACAUGUAGACAUGUUUCACACACGAAUCCCACACAAAAGAAUCCCACACACACACACACACACACACGCACACAUUUAUGCUGUAGUUAAUUACACAUAAAUGAACCAAAUCUGUAAACGUAACAUCCAAAUAAAGCCUAACGUUGUGACCCCAACACUGUCUGUUGUGUUUGCCAGCCUGUUUGUAAUUUCUUUGAUACCAAAAGUGAAUUUCCUCAGCCUCACACAGUACCUGGUAGUCAUCUUGCCUCCAUCCGCUGGAUAGUGAUUCAAACCAAUAAACUACGUGGAAUUCA